CUCCUCGAUCAGUCGACCCCGUGCAACGCGGCACGCCGGCCGCUGCGCGAACACGCGUCUCUGCUUCUGUACGUCCCUCAUUAUUAUACUUCGAAUCGUUUGAAAAUUCUCGUAUUUCGAUAAACGACUUAUCGUAUCGCUAUCAAGCUCGAUAUCGACGAAGAAAAGAGGAAGAGGAAGAAAGAAAGAAAGGCGAGAAAAAGGAAAAGAAGGAAGGAGAAAAGAAAGAAGAAAAUAUAUAGGAGGAUGCAUGUGACGUAAGAUAGAAAAAGGAAGAAAAAAAUAAGGCGACGCCAAUAAAUUUGAUUUUCGCGGGCUCCUCGGAGUAUUUUUCCUCGGUGUAUCGAGUAUUCAAAAAAAAAAAAAAAAAGAGUGAGAAAGGAAAGAAAAAUAAAGAGAGAGGGUGGGAGAGAGAGAGAGAGAGAGAGAGAGAGAAGAAAAAAAAAGGGAGGGAAGAGAGACGGACCGAGAGCGCGUGCGUGUGUAUCGGGUGUGCGCGUGUGUAGGGUCGAAGGUUAGCGCGAGGGUAGCUAAGAAGGAUCGUGCGUGAGAGAGUAGGUAGUGCUCGGUCGUCCCAACCGAACUGCUAUCGGGAGUAAAAAAGUCUCUCGGGAAUACGACGUAGCUGCGCUCCGAAGAGAGAGAGAGAGAGAAAGGAUACGGUGGGAGAAGUAGAUAGAUAGAUAGAUAGGUAGAUAGAUAGGUAGGUAGAUAGAGUGAGUGAGUGAGUGAGAGGGAGAGAGGGAGAGAGAGAGUGUGAGAGAGAAUCGUGUGCGUCCGUACGCGCAAAAGCUGGUGCUCCCCCACUCGCUAACUUGUUGAGCCUCUCUCACGGGCCAAGCGUGCCGUGGCCCGGGUUUGUCGUCUGGUUUCGAGCGGUGCGCGCGAAAACGUACGUCGUUAACGUCCAGUAGAGAAGGAAGGGAAUAGAAGGACACUGGGAUAGAAAAAGAAAGGGAGGCGAUUUCGGUGAGUGAUCGUUCAAAAUGAAAGCGAUCGGUUCGUCGUUGAUUAUCGCACAGCUGGUGCUAGCACUAAUCACGAAAAGUCUUGGCUUCGGUCGUCCCGAUGUCCUCGGCCAACGCAACGACGUCCACGAGGAUCCGCUCGUUGUCGAAACUACGAGCGGACUCGUUCGUGGAUUCAGCCGUAACGUCGCAGUACGUGACGUCCAUAUAUUUUAUGGAAUACCAUUCGCAAAGCCACCGAUUGGUCCUUUACGUUUUCGCAAACCAUUACCGAUCGAACCUUGGCAUGGUGUAUUAAACGCGACCGUAUUACCCAAUAGCUGUUAUCAAGAACGGUACGAGUAUUUUCCCGGAUUCGAAGGCGAAGAAAUGUGGAAUCCUAACACCAAUAUAUCCGAAGAUUGUCUCUACCUGAACAUCUGGGUACCCCAGAGAGUCAAGUUGAGGCAUAAGGGCUCCGAACCGCCUGACAGCGCCGAGAGAAACGGCUUGCCGAUACUCGUUUGGAUUUAUGGGGGUGGAUUCAUGACCGGUACCGCUACUCUCGACGUUUACGACGCCGAUAUAAUGGCUGCAAUGAGUAGCGUUAUCAUCGCCUCGAUGCAGUAUCGCGUCGGUGCAUUUGGAUUCUUGUAUUUGAACAAACACUUUGGAAGUAAUAGCGAAGAGGCACCAGGAAAUAUGGGUUUGUGGGAUCAAGCAUUGGCAUUAAGGUGGUUGCGGGACAAUGCCGCCGCCUUUGGAGGUGAUCCAGACUUGAUAACGAUUUUUGGUGAAUCAGCCGGUGGAAGCUCGGCGAGUCUUCAUCUUAUUUCUCCGGUAACCCGUGGCCUCGUACGCCGUGGCAUACUUCAAAGUGGCACCCUCAACGCACCCUGGAGCUACAUGACCGGUGAAAAAGCUCACGAGGUUGCGCGUGUCCUCGUUGACGAUUGUGGCUGCAAUUCUACCAUGCUCCAAGAAAAUCCAGCUCGUGUAAUGGCCUGCAUGAGAUCCGUCGACGCCAAAACUAUAUCCGUUCAGCAAUGGAACAGUUAUUGGGGUAUCCUGGGAUUCCCAUCCGCUCCAACUAUCGACGGUAUCUUCUUGCCUAAACAUCCUCUUGAUCUCUUACGCGAAUCCGACUUCAAGGACACCGAGAUUAUCAUUGGAAAUAACGAGAACGAAGGAACGUACUUCAUUUUGUACGACUUCAUCGAUUUCUUCGAGAAGGACCAAGCGAGCUUUUUAGACCGUGACAAAUUCGUUGGCAUUAUCGAUACCAUCUUCAAGAACAUGUCGCAGAUCGAGCGUGACGCCAUCAAAUUUCAAUACACCGAUUGGGAACAACUAAAGGACGGUUACCUCUAUCAAAAGAUGAUAGCCGACGUAGUAGGUGACUACUUCUUCAUAUGCCCAUCGAUACAUUUCGCUCAACUAUUCGCCGAUCGGGGAAUGAAGGUCUACUAUUACUUUUUCACUCAGAGGACUAGUACCAAUCUCUGGGGCGAAUGGAUGGGCGUAAUGCACGGUGACGAGAUCGAAUACGUAUU